UUUGCUGUCUAGAGAAACUUGACAAAUCUGUUAUGAAAAAGAGGAAAAGGUUGGCAAAUCAAAACGAUCUACUGAUCUGAUAUACCUGUGUAGUCUUUGUGAUAUCACGAAGUCCUCAAAAAUCGGUGCUUGGCCGAUUUUUUUUAGAUGUUUUUGAAAAACAUCUAAAUCUUUUUUUUUUAAAAAAGUGACUGAUGAACCAGAAUACAGGAUUGGAAUCGGCUGGUUUUAGCAGGUCAUAAAUCAGUGUAGGUCCUUUAUGAAUAAGUAGCAGUGAAGUUAGCAGCAGGAUAUGCUGUACUAGUAAUUCUUUAAAUAUUGCUGCAAAACACCAAGGAAUUAAUCACAUGGGUUUGUGCUCAUCUGAAAUAACAGAAUUUGUUUUCCAGCUACUUAUUAAUUUCCCUUCUUGAGGCAAAAAACUUAGUAAUUUCUUUGCUGACAAUACAAUUUAAAAUUCUUCUAAAUCAACAACCAUGGAAAUAAUUUGUACGGGCAGAAAGAUGCUUUGUGUGAUAAAAUUGCAUCAAACUAGAAGUUUGAUUACUCUGAUUAGAGCUGAAUUACAGAUUGCUGAAGCCGUUGCUCUUAUAGAUACCCUUCAGAACUGGACAGUUUUAGAGAAAAUAAUUAUUCCUACAAAAAAUCCUGACAAGAAGUUUAUUUUUGGCAAAGGAAACUUUCAGGCGUUGACAGAAAAGAUUAAAAAAUUGCCCCAUGUGACAGCUGUCUUCUUGAAUGUGGAAAGAAUAUCUUCACUAACAAAGAAAGAACUAGAAGAUGCCUGGGGCGUGAAAGUCUUUGACAGAUACACAGUUGUACUUCACAUUUUUCGUUGUAAUGCCCGGACCAAAGAAGCAAAACUUCAGAUAGCAUUGGCUGAAAUUCCACUUCUCAGGUCAAAUCUGAAAAAUGAUGUGUCUCGGCUAGAUCAGCAGAGAGGUGGCUCGAGAUACAUCAUGGGCUCAGGUGAAACAUUCAUGGAGACACAGAAUCGUAUCUUGAAAGAAAAAGAACUUAAAAUUAGGAAUGCCCUGGAGAAACUAAGAAGAAAAAGGUCUUUGCUUAGAACUCAGCGCAGAAAACGCGAGUUUCCUAUUAUCUCAGUAAUGGGCUAUACUAAUUGUGGAAAAACUACUUUGAUCAAAGCCUUGACUGGCGAAGCAGGACUUCAACCCAGAGAUCAGCUGUUUGCCACUCUUGAUAUUACAGCCCAUGCUGGCUAUCUGCCCUCACAUAUGGCAGUUAUUUAUGUUGACACCAUUGGCUUUCUGACUGAUCUUCCACAUAAUCUGGUUGAGUCCUUUUCGGCUACGUUAGAAGAAGUGGCUUACUCAGAUCUGAUAGUUCAUGUGAGGGAUAUUACUCAUCCAGAAACCAUUCUCCAGAAAGCAACCGUUCUGUCAGUUCUGAAGAAUCUUAAUCUUCCCAGCUAUUUAUUGGACUCAAUGGUAGAAGUUCAUAACAAAGUGGAUUUGAUAGAAAGAUAUAAACCCACUGAAGAAAAUGCUUUAGCCAUUUCUGCUCUACAUGGACAUGGUUUAGAAGAGCUGAAAGAAGAAAUAGAGAAAAAAAUUUUGACAGCAACAGGGAAGAAGAUUCUGACAGUUAACAUCAACUUAGAGGGACCUCAGCUAAGUUGGCUCUAUAAAGAAGCAACAGUUCAGGAAGUAGAAGUCAUGCCUGAAGAUGGCACAGCCCGGGUGAAGGUGAUAAUCGGCAAUUCUGCUUUUGGCAGAUACAGAAACCUCUUUCCCAACAGUAAGAUUUUUAUGCCAUGAAACUGCAUCCUUUUCUAGGAAAAGAAACUGAUCUCAUUAAGAGGAUGUGAAAUGAAGUUAAUGACCUGUUAGUCUGGGUGUUGAAGAGCGUAUUUCUUCUCCAGUUGAUGUUUUUGACGCAUUUUAGAACUGGACAGUUUCAGAAAACUUCUGUUUGGAAACAGUAAGAGCUUUGAGCUUCAUUCUGUCAGCAAGCGCAAGGACAGCACUAACUUCUUAAUGUUAAAACAGUUGUUGGCUAUAAGCUGUGGAUCUCAAACACAUGGAAAUCACUGGAUGGCAUCUGAAUUAACCUUCAGAAAAGUACCAAGUUUCUUAAAUAAAUCUUUUUACCCCAUUUUUAAGAGUAAAAUAAUAGUAAUUAUAGUUAAGGUGUCUCAGAUGGUCCUUGGAAAAUGAAAGUGAACAAAAUGUUAUGGCUUGUAUAUAAAUAAUACAGAUAAAUAAGGUAUUCAAGCAGAAUGUGUGAACCUAAGUAAAAUAACUGCCGUGUCUUACUGCAGGGAAGCAAAAAACCCCAUAGAUUUGUAUAAUUAAGCAAUAAAUAAAAUUAGCUGUGAACAUCUUUUACCCA